AUGCAUUUAAUGACAUGGAUGCGUAUUUCACAACCAAAAUUGUGGGAACGUGCAUUGAUAACUCUUGUUCAAGGUGUUUUUUAUAAUGCAUUUUUUGCUUUGUAUCUCCUUAGUCCAAAAACUGCGCAUCGAGUAGUCGGAUAUCUUGAAGAAGAAGCAAUCAUCAGUUACACUUCAUUUCUGAAUGAAAUCGAUAAAGGUAACAUUGAAAAUCUUAAAACAGUUCCAGAUCUUGCUACUGACUAUUGGCAUUUAGAUCGAGAAAGUGCCACGUUACGUGAUGUAGUACUUGCGGUCCGUGCUGAUGAGGCUACACAUGGGGGGACAAAACAUCAUUUAGCUGAUCGUAUCCUUUUAGGAAGGGAGGAUUUACGUGAAGAUAUUAAAAAAGUGUUUGAUGAGGAAAAAAGCAACAGAACACGUAAAAUGGCUGGAAUGAACCAAAAUGCUCAAGAUAAAUGGAAGUG